CCUCAGUUCCCCCUUUCUGUGUCCGCCUGUGUAUUGAGUGAGUUGUUUCGUAACUUCCUAUGGAGCGUUGCUCAGGGCAGAAUGACUAUUUUACUUAUUUUCAACUCUGCUUUUUUAGGGCUCGUCAGUCAGUGAGUCGCGUCAGUUCGACUGCGUGCUGGGCUGAGGGUUUCCAGGGACAUGAGUGGUCGGUAAGGUUCUCGCCGCCGCCUGAUGGACGGCUGCGUUAAGCUGUCCGCGCCCGGGGCGCUGAACUCGUACAUCGAAGUGACGUUUGUGUCAAGGAUAAGUUUCAUGGGCUGUGGUGAGAAGAGGCGAGGGGAAAGACAGGCAGACAGGAAGAUGGAGAGAAGAGGAAGAAGGAGGAGGAGGAGGAGGAGGAGGAGGAGGAGGAGGAGGAGGAGGAGGCGCAGAGUGCCAGGCAGGGCAGGGGCACCAGCACCAGCCUCGGGGUAUUUUUAGUGUGCCUCGUGGUGGUGUAGUGGUGAUGCUUCCUUGCCGUGCUCGCCCGCAUCCACAUUCAUCCGCAACACCUCCACCUCCACCUCCACUUCCACCUUCGCCUCAACCACUCCUGCUCUGAUGCUGCAGCGCUGCCCUGGUUGUUGUUGUUGUUGUUAUUGUUGUUACCGCUGCUGCUGUGGGGUCCCCCUUACUGGGGCUGAGCGCCGCGUGUGUGGGUUGAGGUUGGCACCAAGUGCUGGCACUCUCCCUUGGCCUGGCCGGCGUGGGAAGUAAGGAGGAGUGUGGCACGGAGGCGGCGAGACGAUGGUCCACGUGUUGAGCCGCUCAGUCAGUCUUCUCGCCCAAGUCCCCGCCGCUAGCUGAGGCAGGACCCGUCCUGCUCCCUGGCUAGUGACCUCCCCACGCCCCGAGGCAAACACCCUUUGGUGCUUGGCUGGUGAUACGGUGCAGAGCAAAGCUUGCCGGACUCCCGCCUCCCAGGAAACGGGAGGUGGAGUCGGGGUUGUGAUUAGGCGAGGCGCCUGUGUACUGUGUUUGUGCUGGAUGUGAUUCUGUAACCCUCCGCGAACCCGCAUCUCGGAUAUACCGCGACACGUCACACUUCCACGUCCUCGAGGUGCGGUGAUGGGUUAGCGGCGCCUGUCAGCCAUGUCACAACGGGGCACUCGGCCUCGCUCCUGGUGCCCGCGGGGGGACUCUCCCCUGCGGGUGCCGGAGGGGGGUAACCUCCCUUCCCCCGUGGCCGCUCCGGGGUUGCAGGGGCUCCCGCCGGCCGUCGCCUCCCCGCGCUCCACGCCCACGCCCUUUAAGCUGCGACGCCUCAGUAUGGGUACCGAACGCUCGGGCUCACCGUGCACAGCGCCGCCCUCAGCUGCAACGGUGCUGCCGGCGCUGCACAUGGCCGCGGCCCAGCUGGAGCAGCAGCAGCAGCAACAGCGACAGGCAGCCCAGCAUGCGGCCGCCCAAGUUGCUCAGCAGGGCGCUUCCAACAUGGAUCAGACCGCGGCUCAGCUGUCCCAUUCAGGAACACCACUGCCACAGCAGCAGCAGCAGCAACAACAGCAGUUCAGGAACAUAAUGCAGUCGCCGCGAGACGGGCGGCCCCAGUCCGGCGUGUUCUACCCCGUCCCGCAGCAUCCCGCCUCUCCGCCCCCCCUCGCACAACACAAGGAUCUGCAGCGUACCUUUCGGAACUCCCCAAUACUACUCAGGGAUUCAUCAGUGGAGCCGAGAUCACCCCCGUCCUCUCGCCCCUCCUCCGUUGCCUUCAGGGAGCGGGAGCCGCGGUCACCCCCGGCAUCUCGGCCCUCCUCAGUUGUCUUCAGGGAGCGGGACACCUGGUCGCCCACGCCAUCAUCGCGCCCCACGUCGGCCAUGUCCAGGGACCAGGAUUACCGGUACCCUUCGCUCUUCAUGCCCCGCGACAGGGACCCACGCUCACCUCCGCCCAUGAUGAAGCCUUCGCCGCUACUACAGUCCGACAGGGACUUCCGAUCCCCGACACCCUCCCGGCCGUUCCCCUUUAGACAGAAAGAACGGAGCUCCGCGUCGCCUGGCUCCUCCACACCUCGCCCCCGCCCCACGUCCCUCCACCUGCCGGGCACCAGGGAGCCCUGGUCCCCCUCGCGGCCCUCGCCCCUCGCCCAGCGUGACAGGGACCCACUGUCGCCGCCCACUUGCCGACCCUCGCCGCUGGCCUACGAGCGGGAUCUCUUCUCGCCCCCGUCCUCGCGGCCGGCCUCACUCAUCCUCAACAACAAGGGAACACAGUCUCCCAGGUCUCCCCUGUCGCCGCGGCCCUUCUUGUUCUCCCGCCGUGGGUCCGCGGGCACGCCGCUGUCCAUGUUCAGCUUCCCGGGGCCUGACGGGGACCUGCAGCCGUCCACGCAGGAACUCAUCGACCGCCAGGGCCAGGACUUCGUGGACGAGCGCCUGGCGGAGUUUCAAGCGCAGAUCCACCAGCUGCAGGGUGAGUACUGAAUUACUUUUUGCAGGGAGGGUGGGGAGAGAGGAGGAGGCCUUGUUGGUGUUGUGUUGUGGCCGUGUUAUGACAGUGUUAUGAACAGGGAAGGAGGCCUUUCGUUGGUAGUGCUGUGUUAAGGCUGUGUUGAUUAGUAGGGAGGGUAGCAGGGAGGGAGUGUGGCCUCUUUUGUUAUAGCACUGUGUUAUUGUAGGGAGCAAGAGGGAGGGAAGUGUGAGACGCGUGCCACAAGACGCCUUUGGUACCUCAUGCUGGCGGGUAACAAAGGGCAGAAGGGGAGUAUUUGUUGCUUUUGUUGCUUUUUCCUCCUCUCCGAACGGGUGGUAGGGAGGAAGGGAUGUCUUUCGAUGCUGUGGCAGAAGCGUCAGACAGAUUUAAUUUUCGUAGCACUUGCGGCCUUGAGAGUUGGUGGGCGGUAGGCAGCAGUCAGUUUACGAAGAUACAUCAUGGCAGUCGCGACAAAUGAAAGUUUCUUCUUCCUUGUUGUUUUCGGGACCUUUCGGGUGGGCGGACGGGCGGGCGGGCGUCACGCGGCAGGCAGGGCACAUAUAUACGAGUGGCAGUCUUCUUUCCCAGUGUGUUUUUCCUCCUCCCCACGGCAACAUUAUCCCCUCGUUAAGACACGCCUUGCAUAGUCUGUCACGGGAGUUUAGUGCAUGAAGGGAGACUCGUGGCUGCCACCCAGCGCGAGUUAAAUAAAGACAAACAACAAAGGCUGCUCUCGCUCGCACGUUUCCUAUAUUUUCGUUAUCAGGUAUCUGUGGGGGCGUUAAAAUGCUAACGGCUCACGCUGAUAAGAAAGUUGACACCGGAGUUAAGUCUCGUCGCCGCGUUAGAGACUCAAAUGAGAACCUCUAAAAGACUUGCGCCGUGUUCUGACCUGCGUUUUUGUGUGCUAGAGAUUAGGUCACAAUUUGCAGGCUCC